GACAUAUCAAGACCGGCCGCGACUAUUUAGCAAACUCACGCUCGCACCUCAUCAAUAGCGCGGCCGGCACUGACCUGCGGAUGCAGCCCUGACAAUUCCUCAUACCAUCCCACGGUCGAUGUCGUGGCGCGGGCUGCGGCUGGGAAGACUGGCUCGCGCCCAGCGCCUCAUCUCCCGCACGACAGCAUCACAACCGCGCCAUCUUCAAGUUCACGGCACGACUGCAACGCGGUGUCAUGCUGCCAUAACAGCAGGACCGUUUCGUGCGACGCCGCCCAGGCUCGCAACCGCCGGCGAAUCGUCAACUCUGCCGACGGUAGGGGACACCAUCUACGCCUUGUCCACGGCCCAGGGGCGCGCUGGCAUCGCCGUCAUUCGUAUCUCGGGCCCGUCCUGCCUUGAAGUAUAUCGAUCGCUGUGUCCAUCAAAGGCUCCGCCUAAGCCGAGAUAUGCCACCGUCCGCACGCUCUUUGAGCCCCAGCCGCCUGGCGCCCAUGGGCCGGCCGGCAUCCUCGACGCGGAGGCCUUGGUCUUGUACUUUCCCGCACCAAAGACCGUCACUGGCGAGGACGUGCUGGAGCUGCAUGUCCACGGAGGGCCGGCGACCGUCAAGGCCGUACUCGCCGCCAUCCCGCGGUGUUGCACCACCACGAGCAAUGACGAUCAUCAGCAGCGACCGCGCGUCCGGUACGCCGAGCCGGGCGAAUUCACCAAACGCGCCUUCUUCAACGAUCGGCUCGACCUCGCACAGGUCGAGUCCCUGAGCGACGCGCUCGCCGCCGACACGGAGCAGCAGCGCCGAGCCGCCGUGCGCGGCACGUCUGGCGCCCUGGGUCGCGCGUACGAGCGCUGGCGGCAGCAGCUGCUGCUCGCGCGCGGCGAGCUCGAGGCCCUCAUCGACUUUUCCGAGGACCAGCACUUUGACGAGCCGCAGGGUGAGCUGCUCGAUAAUGUCUCGCGCCAGGUCGCCGACAUGCUCGCCGGCAUACGUCUGCACGAGCUGGGCAGCCAGCGCAGCGAGCUGCUGAGGGGCGGCAUUCGCAUCGCGCUCGUUGGCCCGCCCAACGUCGGCAAGAGCUCGCUCAUGAAUCUUGUCGUCGGGAGGGAGGCGUCCAUAGUGUCGGGCGAGGCCGGCACCACGCGGGACAUUGUUGAGGCGAGUCUCGACAUUCGUGGGUUCCUGUGCGGCUUCGCGGACACGGCUGGUUUCCGGUCCCGCGAGUCGGCCUCGAAGGAUGGCGCAGUGCUCGGAGCCGUAGAGGAGGAGGGCAUCCGACGGGCGCGACAGAAAGCGCAAGAGUCAGAUGUCGUGAUUGUGCUGGCAUCCGUCGAGCAGGGUCCUAAUGGUCCAUUCAUUUACUACGACAAGGAGACGCUGGACCUGGCGGCCGAGGCAGACGCCCAUUUGGUCGUCGUCAACAAGCGAGACGCAGUCGACGAGGCGACGUUUGCGACCCUGAUCGCCAGCUUCCGCCAGGCACUCCGUGCACAAAACCCGAUCCUCGCCUCGACCGUUCCGCUGCCUAUAUCCUGCAAGCAGGGCCAGCAGACGGACAGCACUCGGCCUGGCGGCGCGGCCACGACGGACCCGGGGGGCAUCCAGGCCGUCAUCGACUCGCUCAUCGCCUCGUUCCAGGCCAUGACGGAGAUGCCCCCGGACCUGCAGGACCUGCUGGGCGUGACGGAGCGGCAGCGACAGCUGCUCGUCAAGUGCCGAGCGCACCUCGAAGAGUUUAUGCUCGAGGCGCGGCGGCCCGAAGACCCUGACAACGCCGACGGGUUCGAGGCUGACUCGGUGCUGGCAGCCGAGUACCUGCGCUACGCGGCCGACUGCCUGGCGCGCAUCACAGGCAAAGGCGAGGCCGGGGAUGUGGAAGACGUGCUGGGCGUCGUGUUUGAGAAAUUCUGUGUGGGCAAAUAGACAAUGUGCAACCUCACGUUAUUGCACAGCUCUCGCCGGAUGUACUCUGUACUAGAGUUACAAGGCAUCAAUCACAGGGCGUAGCAAGAUUCGGUGUACUGAACGACAAGGCCAAGUCUAUUUGAGAGAGAUAGAGAGAAGAAACUCCAAGUCUAGGACAGGAAAAAAAAAGGAAUCUAAGUCUAUACCGC